AUGUCUGGUAUCAUUGCAGUCUAUGCCCUGGUCAUCGCCGUCCUCAUCGCUGGGGACAUGGGUCCACCGCCUCAACAGAACUACAGCUUGUUCACCGGCUUCAUGCACCUCGCCAGCGGCUUGAGCGUUGGACUGGCAGGUUUGGCUGCUGGUUACGCCAUUGGCAUUGUGGGUGAUAUGGGUGUGCGGUCUUACAUGCAACAGUCGAGAAUCUUUGUUGGCAUGGUUCUCAUUCUGAUCUUUGGCGAGGUAUUGGGGCUCUAUGGCCUCAUUGUGGGCUUGAUUCUGCACUCUAAGAGUUGA